AUGGCGGGAACACCUCAGAGCUCAAGCAAGGAAAUGAUGAAGAACAAGAAUGUGGCAGGUGGGCAGCUGGCAAUGCAUUCUAAGGACCCUCCGACCGGCUUCUUUCGCGAUGGAUACUGCAGGACCGGACCCGAGGACAAGGGAAACCAUUCUGUGGCAGCCACAGUGAACCAAGAGUUUCUGGAUUUUACAAAUUCGAGAGGCAACAACCUGCGCGAGGCCGGGGUCAAGGAUGGAAUGAAGUGGUGUCUCUGUGCACACCGGUGGAAGGAAGCAUUCGACGCAGCGCAGAAGGGACAAUUAUCGCAGUCGGCAGUCCCGCGAGUGCAUCUCCACGCCUCUCACGAGAGCGCCCUAAACACCAUCAAGUAUGGAGAUUUGAGCAAGUAUUCCAUGGGCGGCGAAGCAGCGAAGGAGUCGACCAGAAAUCGACAGGGGGCGCACAGUGACCCUGAACAGCCGUCGCACGGGAUUGUUAAAGAGAGGACGGAGCUGAGUGGCAAGGCGGAGCCAGAGAAGAUGGGAGGAUAG